AUGGCCACAACCCUCUUCACCCUCCCAGAGCACUUGCGCGAUGCCAUUUCCGCCCUAGUCGAUGCCCACAUCGUCCCCCUGGACUUGGAGUCGGACAUGGAAGCAGCGUUGGCCGCAGCGGACGUGGUCGAGUUUGAGGAAGUGUUCGAGCUCAACCCGGAGACCAAAAACAAGCCUGCGGCUGAGACGACGUCAACAACAGCCACUGCGGAGGGAGACGAUACCGCGAUCGGUACCGAAAAACAGGCGCAGCCAUCGGACAAGAGCAAAGAGAAGCAAGACACGCCAAGUGACAACAAAGGCAUUGUUGUUCCCCUCGGCGACGAGCUACCGCCUGUCCCGACCCUUCGACCAGCGACAAUCGACGGCGACCUCUUGGAACGUAUAUCCCGCUGGGUUGGUGGGGAUGACGGGUCCAAGGCUGUUGAGAAGGCCGGUCUAGACGCUGCUCCAUAUGGUCCCAUCGCGAUCCUUGCAGGUUCCGAGGUGUACCUGCCUCCUCGCCAACGAGCACUGGCCAAGGCGGCCGAGGCGGAACAGGCCAAGAAAGAGGAGCUCAACCCCUACCUCCCAGCCAGCAUGUCCGUCACGCCGCCGUCGCUCGGCAGCGAAUACCGCCAGCUCAUGCGCCAGCUCUCCAACGUCCUCAACGUCCUGUUCAGCAUCUUUGGGUGUGGCGGCGCAGCGUACGUCGCGGCCGUGACUGGCGGCGGGUGGGCGCGUGAACCGGCUAUCCUGCUCGCGGUCAUUGUGGGCUUUGUCGUUGGCAUGGCCGACGUCGGGUUGAUUUUCCUCUACAAGCGCCGCCUGACCAUUGAACGCAGGGCUGCGGCGGAGAGGAGGGUCAAGGAGAACAAGGGCAGCGCGGCUAUUGGCGAGGGCACGGUUCUCGAACUGGACGAGGACAAGGUUGCCGAGCUCGAGAGGGAGUUGGCCGAGGAAGGUCCGGUCGAUAUCGUCCCGGCGCCCAGUGGGUCAGGCCGCUCUAUCCGUCUCCGCCGCCGCGCACUGUAG